AUGCUAAGUGUUGGAGAUGUUAAGAAGGAUGAUUCAGAUAUAAUUAUACCAGAUUCUAAAGAAGAGUCAGGUGGUGAUUUUAUUCCUGAUGAUGGAAGCUCAAUAUCUGGCAUUUCAGAGCUCGUAGAAGAGAGGAUUAGUGAGUUGGAAAAAGAAAGGAUAAAUAACAGAGAGAAACUAAAAUCACGAUCUUUUAGGAAGCAGCUUGUCUUGGCUGAAGAGUUUGAGAAGAAACAAGCAUAUACUGGGACUGCUGCUCAGCCAAUGAGACUCGAGGGUAUUAAGAUCGGUUCGACAAAUAUAGGUUACUUUGAUGUUGAUGCUGACAAUAUCAUCACCCGAACCAUUUCAUGGCAGGCAUUUAAGCGAGACCAUGGCUCUCCUCAGAUUUUGGCUGUUAAUUUGAAUUUUAUUGCUGUGGGGGGUCAUCGUCGUUGUACCAAGGAAGGAGAUAUGAUAGAGUUAGAUAUGGAGCGGCUUGAUGGUUUUUACAAAGAUGGAUUUUCGGUUCAAGAUAUGGAGCAGCUUGAUGGUUUUUGUAAGGAUGGUUCUUCAGUUUAGGACAUGGAGCGGUUUGAUGGUUUUGGGCAUGUUGAAGCUUCACUUUAGGAUAUAUAUAUAUAUUUUUUUUUUGUGUGUUAUGGUUUGUUGAAUAUUGAUGCUGAAGUUUAAAACCAGAAUAUUGGCAAUCAAUCAAACUUCUUAUCACCAGAGACA